UCUUCCUCUGAGUUAGUGGGUGGAUCUCUUGCAUGCAUCACAAACCUGCUCCAAUAAUUUGCCCCUUUUCUCCUGUCCUGAAAAUUGGUCUCUUGAAUUCAGACGGGUCUUUACUCCAGUCUUUUAGCUCUCGUUUGAGGUGUCCCUAGUAGCCUCUGAGUUUGUGUUGAAGAGUUUUCCUGAGUCUUCCAGAUACUUUGGUUUCCAGUCAGUGGCUCGGCAGCAGUGGUUUAGUUUCCUCCUUAUCUAUCCAUUCGAUUGCUUGUGAUUUCAUUGGUCAGUUCCUUUGGAAUAACUUUCAGAACCCCCAUGGUCCACAUUUGUGUCCCACUCCCCUUCGUCCUGACAGCUCAGUAAGUAGUCAUAAGUUCUAACCUUUAUCUGGGAAAACUUGGCUUCUUAUGCUUCAUAAUCCACAUCUCAGUCAGAAGCAACAGCUUAUAAUUUUCUGGAUCACUUAACGUCUCAGCCAAAUUCAAAGUAGUCUUGCACCAUUAAAGUACCCUGCUCCAUACAUUACACCAAUCAUGCAUGCAUGGGAAAUUCAAAAGGUUGCUCUUGUAGUUCAGGGCUUCUUUUGCAUGAGCUCAAGUCUUACAGAGGUGCAUAAGUUUUGCGUCACAGGCUGUAUGAAAUGACCUGAAAAAACAAUCAUCAUGAUUUUGGUUAUUUCGCUGAUACAGUUUGGUGUUCAGAAAAUAACAUGUUAAGAAUUCAUGAUGAUAGAUCUGUGGGGUUGAAUUCUUUGUGACUUUGUGACACCUUACCUGACCUUAAGCUGUCUGAACUGAAACACUCACAAACUCAAUGGCUAGUUUUAUGGAGAGGCUCUGAUUGUGUUUAACAGAAGAAGAUUCAAGUCUGGACAUCAUGAACGCUCUGACUAUAGAAACACUCUGGGGCAGAACCACACGCUCAACAACAGACACUAUCCCAUACCUAUGAAAACAGAACUUCGCUAACAAUAACAAAAACUUGGUGAAUGCGCGUCAUUUGAGCAUAUUUGCAUCAUGUUUCAAAUCUGGACUGAGUGUGCAAAAGAACACCUGGCGUAUGAUUAAUGCUGUAUGCAAAGGGAAGUCUGUGGAGACUGGUCAACAUUUAUGAAGCUGAUAUAAAACACCAGAAUGAGACCGAGGGAUGUCAAAGAUUACUGAGACAGGAAGAAGGACAGUUUGAGGAGCGAGGCUGACAUUCGUAACGCCUGAAUCCUUACCCAGCCAGAAUAAUCUGCUCUGUGGUUCAGGACAAAAAACACAGGAGGUCAUUGUUUGGACAAGUUGACCGGACCCUUGGUAUUUUGUUCCCUGACUCCUGGGAUAACUAAGUCAAUAUACUGAACUCAGAGAUCCAAAGUGAUGGUAAACUUAAAUAACACAACAACCAUUAAUGAGCCUUUCUCAGGCCACUCAGCAGGGCCACUUAUCUGGUACCUCCUGCCCACAGUAGUCACAGUGCCAGCACUGGGGCUACCAGCAAACGCCCUGGUCAUACGCCUUCUACUGAGGAAACCUGGUAUCUGCUCCACCUCAGAGAUCUUCACACUCAACCUGGCAGUUUUUGACACUCUGUUCUGCAUCAUGGUCAUCGUCGAGUACAUCCGUUUACUGUGGGUCAACACGCAGGAGGCUGGCAACUUCCUGGCUUGGGGUUUGAAUCAAGCAGGAGGGCCGAUGUUGCUCUGCAUGCUGAGUCUGGACUGCUACAUGGCGGUCUGCCAUCCGCUGGUCUUCCUCCGGCUCAAGGAUCCAAAACUGCGACUGUCCUUGUGUAUCACGCAGAGUCUAAUAACGGUUGGAUCUUGUAUUUUGGUGAAACUCAAGUCUCCCUUCAAGUGGAAAGUCAUCUUAGUGCUCCUGAGCUGUGUCAUUGUGAUCAUAUCAACCUGCAGCUUCCUGAUUCUCAAGUCCCUCCACCAAGCCGGUCCCAGCAAGAAGGAGGUCCAUCCUGUGAAGAAGAGGGCGUUCAAGAUAGUGCUGACUGCGUUUGUGCUGAUCAACAUCCACUACAUCCCCCCGGUCAUCGAGUACCUGCUCAGGGAGUUUGGCCCAGAGUCUUUCAAGCCCUAUUCAGCCCUCACGUGUGUGUCCUACAUAGCUCUGUCCAUGAGCUCUUUCCUUCAGCCACUGAGUUAUCUCAUCCGCACCAAACAACUGCCAACAAUGAGCUGUCACUGCUGCUCAGCUGCUGAGGCAACAUCUGGGGCAAUAAACCCAGCAGUGCAACGAUCAUAAGGUGUAGAGCUGAAUGUAAGGAAGGAGCUGGACUAUGCUGAGUGGAGGGAUUGCAAUGUAUUAGUUCUUAUGUUAUUUUAAUGGUUUAUAUCUUUGGGGAAACGAUGGAAUGACCUCUAGUGAAGGUCUGUUUUCAUUGUAUUUAAACCUGAAAUUCUUUGACAUUUCUCUUUUGAUCUGACUUUCCUUUCUUGAAUAUUCUAGAGAACAAAUGUGGUCAUCAUCCUUAGUGAGCUAACUAUAAUAGAAAGCAACUCAACCCAAUUAAAGGCAGCUGGACUUGAAUAAUUACGCAGCGUCGAAGGGACACAGAAGGGAAAAAUGUAGGUUGAUCCCAAGAAAUUUUUGCAAGAUCCUCAAAAACAUCUCACAGACCACUCAGGUGAA